AUGGCUGCGAAAGGACAAACACAGGUCACCUGUAAUCUUGGAAAUACCAAAAAGAUUGCCGAUGAAGUUGGGGAGAGGACAGAGAAAGAAAAAGCGAAUAGUACUAUUGGCGACACCUAUGUUAACUUUACAGAUUUCCAGAAAGCCACAGAGUACCAUGAACGAGACCUCAAAAUUUCCAAAGAAGUGGGAGACAGGGCAGGAGAAGGAAAAGCGUACUGUAAUCUUGGCAACGCCUAUGGCAGUCUUGGAGAUUUCCAGAAAGCCAUGGAGUACCAUGAACGAGACCUCAAAAUUUCCAAAGAAGUGGGAGACAGGGCAGGAGAAGGAAAAGCGUACUGUAAUCUUGGCAACGAAUAUGGCACUCGUGGAGAUUUCCAGAAAGCCAUAGAGUACCAUGAACGAGACCUCAAAAUUUCCAAGGAAGUGGGAGACAGGGCAGGAGAAGGAAAAGCGUACUGUAAUCUUGGCAACGCCUAUGACAGUGUUGGAGAUUUCCAGAAACUCAUAGAGUACCAUGAACGAGACCUCAAAAUUUCCAAGGAAGUGAUAGACAGGGCAGGAGAAGGAAAAGCGUACUGUAAUCUUGGCACCGCCUUUUACUGUCUUGGAGAUUUCCAGAAAGCCAUGGAGUGCCAUGAACGACAUCUCAAAAUUUCCAAAGAAGUGGGAGACAGGGCAGGAGAAGGAAAAGCGUGCUGUAAUCUUGGCAACGCCUAUGACAGUCUUGGAGAUUUCCAAAAAGCCAUAGAAUACCAUGAACGACACCUCAAAAUUUCCAAAGAAGUGGGAGACAGGGCAGGAGAAGGAGAAGCGUACUGUGAUCUUGGCGACGCCUAUGACUGUCUUGGAGAUUUCCAGAAAGCCAUAGAGUACCAUGAACGACAUCUCAAAAUUUCCAAAGAAGUGGGAGACAGGGCAGGAGAAGGAAAAGCGUACUGUAAUCUUGGCAACGCCUAUGACAGUCUUGGAGAUUUCCAGAAAGCCAUAGAGUACCAUAAACGACACUUCAAAAUUUCCAAAGAAGUGGGAGACAGGGCAGGAGAAGGACAAGCCUACUGUAAUCUUGGCGACGCCUAUGACUGUCUUGGAGAUUUCCAGAAAGCCAUAGAGUACCAUGAACGACAUCUCAAAAUUUCCAAAGAAGUGGGAGACAGGGCAGGAGAAGGAAAAGCGAACUGUAAUCUUGGCAAAGCCUAUGACAGUCUUGGAGAUUUCCACAAAGCCAUAGAGUACCAUGAACGAGACCUCAAAAUUUCCAAAGAAGUGGGAGACAGGGCAGGAGAAGGAAAAGCGUACUGUAAUCUUGCCGACGCCUAUGACUGUCUUGGAGAUUUCCAGAAAGCCAUAGAGUACCAUGAACGACAUCUCGAACUUUCCAAAGAAGUGGGAGACAGGGCAGGAGAAGGAAAAGCGUGCUGUAAUCUUGGCAAUGCCUAUGACAGUCUUGGAGAUUUCCAGAAAGCCAUAGAGUACCAUGAACGAGACCUCAAAAUUUCCAAGGAAGUGGGAGACAGGGUAGGAGAAGGAAAAGCGUACUGUAAUCUUGGCAACGCCUAUGACAGUCUUGGAGAUUUCCAGAAAGCCAUAGAGUACCAUGAACGAGACCUCAAAAUUUCCAAAGAAGUGGGAGACAGGGCAGGAGAAGGAAAAGCGUACUCUUGUAACAGUCUUGGCAUUGAGUACCAUUUUUUCCAAAAAUCUUGGAGGGGAAGGAAGAGCGUACUGUAAUCUUGGCAUUGCUUUUAAAAAUCUUGGAGAUUUCCAGAAAGCCAUAGAGUACCAUGAACGACAUCUCAAAAUUUCCAAAGAAGUGGGAGACAGGGCAGGAGAAGGAAAAGCGUACUGUAAUGUUGGCAACGCCUAUGACAGUCUUGGAGAUUUCCAGAAAGCCAUAGAGUACCAUGAACGAGACUUCAAAAUUUCCAAAGAAGUGGGAGACAGGGCAGGAGAAGGAAGAGCGUACUGUAAUCUUGGCAACGCCUAUCGCAGUCUUGGAGAUUUCCAGAAAGCCACAGAGUACCAUGAACGACAUCUCAAAAUUUCCAAAGAAGUGGGAGACAGGGCAGGAGAAGGAAAAGCGUACUGUAAUCUUGGCAACGCCCAUCACAGUCUUGGAGGUUUCCAGAAAGCUAUAGAGUACCAUGAACGACACCUCAAAAUUUCCAAAGAAGUGGGACACAGGGCAGGAGAAGGAAAAGCGUACUGUAAUCUUGGCAACGCCUAUGACAGUCUUGGAGAUUUCCAGAAAGCCAUAGAGUACCAUGGACGAGGCCUCAAAAUUUCCAAAGAAGUGGGAGACAGGGCAGGAGAAGGAAAAGCUUACUGUAAUCUUGGCAUUGCUUUUAAAAGUCUUGGAGAUUUCCAGAAAGCCAUAGAGUACCAUGAACGACACCUCAAAAUUUCCAAAGAAGUGGGAGACAGGGCAGGAGAAGGAAGAGCGUACGGUAAUCUUGGCAACGCCUAUGACAGUCUUGGAGAUUUCCAGAAAGCCAUAGAGUACCAUGAACGAAAUCUCAAAAUUUCCAAAGAAGUGAGAGACAGGGCAGGAGAAGGAAAAGCGUACUGUAAUCUUGGCAACGCCUAUCGCAGUCUUGGAGGUUUCCAGAAAGCUAUAGAAUACCAUGGACGACAUCUCAAAAUUUCCAAAGAAGUGGGAGACAGGGCAGGGGAAGGAAAAGCGUACUGUAAUCUUGGCAACGCCUAUGACAGUCUUGGAGAUUUCCAGAAAGCCAUAGAGUGCCACGAACGAGGCCUCAAAAUUUCCAAAGAAGUGGGAGACAGGGCAGGAGAAGGAAGAGCGUACUGUAACCUUGGCAACGCCUAUCACAGUCUUGGAGAUUUUCAGAAAGCCAUAAAGUACACUGAAAUAUGCCUCAAAUUUUUCAGAGAAGCGGGAGACAGGGCAGGAGAAGGAAAAGCGUGCGGUAAUCUUGGCAACGCCUAUGAAAGUCUUGGAGAUUUCCAGAAAGCCAUAGAGUACCAUGAACGAGACCUCAAAAUUUCCAAAGAAGUGGAAGACAGGGCAGGAGAAGGAAAAGCGUACUGUAAUCUUGGCAACGCCUAUCGCAGUCUUGGAGAUUUCCAGAAAGCCAUAGAGUACCAUGAACGACAUCUCAAAAUUUCCAAAGAAGUGGGAGACAGGGCAGGGGAAGGAAAAGCGUACAGGAAUCUUGGCAACACCUAUGACAGUCUUGGAGAUUUCCAGACAGCCAUUUACUGUUAUAAAAACAGUGUCAUUGCCUACGACUAUAUCAGGGGAAAUCUCAUAUCUAAUGACGAAUGGAAGAUUAGUCUUCGGAGUACGUAUGAUAAUGUUAAUUUGAGGCUCUGGGGGCUACAGUUUAAGCAAGGUAAAGUCGUUGAGGCACUUUUAACUGCUGAUCAUGGACGCGCCCAAGCUUUAAAUGAUCUUCUGGAGUUUAAUUAUGGCUUUAAAGGGUUGUUUCGAGAAAUAGGAACAUUCUCAGGAACAAAACCUGACAUUCUUAAUUGCCUACCAUCAAAUACAGCUUUUAUAGGUAUUAACGAGGAAGGAAUAGUUCUCUGGGUAAACGAGAAAGGAAAAGAAAUCAAAACUAGAAAAACUCAGAUCGAUAUCUCCGUCAAAACCUAUUUACAGUCGCUACUGGAGACUGCACUUGAAAAAAUGGGUGUGAGAACUGAUGUCAACUGUGAAGAUCGUUCAUUAAGGAACCCAAGCGAUAACAAGUUAGCAGAAAAAAGAUCCUGUCAGCCAAGGUCUCAUUCCUCAUCUUUUGAGCCAAAGUCAUUACAAACAUUUUACAAAGUUGUUAUGGACCCUAUAAGAGAGUUACUCCAAGGCGAUGAGGUUGUGGUUGUUCCACAAGGACCUCUUUGUUUGGCCCCCUAUGCUGCUUUCGUUGACUUGAAAUCUAAGUACCUCUGCGAAACUUUUAGAAUUCGCCUUCUUCCCUCACUUUCUAGUCUGCGAUUAAUCCAAAAUUGUCCAGCAGAUUGGCACAGCAACACUGGCGCUCUUCUCGUCGGCGAUCCGUGGGUACAGGAGGUAAUUUAUGAAGGAAUGAGGCUAGAGCAGUUAGCGUGGGCGGAAAAGGAAGUGAAGAUGAUUGGGGAAAUACUUCAAACUGAACCUCUCGUUGGAAAGCAUGCAACAAAAGAUAAAGUGUUAACACGUAUCUCCUCGGUUGCUCUGGUGCACAUUGCUGCUCACGGUAAAAUGGAAACAGGAGAAAUCGCCUUGGCCCCAAACACAACACGUUCAUCCGUGAAUCCAGCCAGGGAGGACUAUCUCUUAACUAUGAAAGAUGUUUUAAAGGCGCAGAUUAGGGCAAGACUUGUUGUACUCAGUUGUUGA